CUGAGGACAAAUUCAUUUGAUUUACAAUGGCGUCCGGAGACAUUCUUCAGAUAGCGAAAACUUCUUUCGAAGAAAAAUUUCAAACUAGUCCUACGAUUGCUGUUUGUGCACCUGGAAGAGUUAAUCUCAUUGGGGAGCAUACAGACUACAAUGAUGGUUUUGUUUUUCCAAUGGUAAGGGAAUAUUAGAUAACUGUGUGUAGUCGUGGCGUUGGACGCGCUCCUUGGAUAAUUAUUCUCGUAAGGUUUAGUUUUAUUCUAUUUAUUUAUUUGUUAAUUUAUUUUUAUUUUCUCCAUGAAUGAGCAGAUAAUAAAUGAUGCAUCUUAAAGAAGAAAUUUAGUAUCCGUCAAUUCUUGUGGUGGUUUAGUCGGACUAAACUAUAAAUUUCAAGUCUGUACUUAUCUUUAAGCGUGUAGCUGGAUGUUCAAGUUCUUUCUAAGUGUUAUGAUAGGUUUAUUUUAAUCCAACUCUAUUCCUUGGUGUUUUCUGACAUAUUUUUUUUUUCGUAGCUAGUUAUAAUCAGUUACAGUCUUUGAGUUUACGUUGUUGGUUAAUGCAUUUUAUUUGGGAAUAAGGGGGGGGGAGAGGAAUUCUCAAGUAGAUUGCUAGGGGUGGGUAAGAGUAAAUUGAGUGGCUAUUUGGUAUACAGAUCUGGAAGCUUGCAGUCUUUUGACAGUUAGCUUCCUGAUCUUGGUGUUUCUGUCCUCAGAAAUUCUAGAUUUUGCCUUUUAUUUAGGUUUGUGCUUAGAAGAAUGGUCAUUUUGGAAAUUUUUUUCAAGUGGACGAGGGAUAGAAUUAUAAAUACCUUAUAAAUUUAUUGAGGUUGACUAAUCUCUUUGGAAAUGACACAGGAUAUUCUAGCUUGGUUAAACCUCUUUAAUUUGCACACUUUAUCUAAAAGGUUUAAAACACUACCCCUCACAGUAACAUUGUUAUGGCCUUUUCUCGGAGUGCAACCUACUUAACUCAAUAACCAAAUGAUUGAGCAGUGAACUAAAUUGUGUUGCUUUGUAUUUUCUGCAGGCUUUAGAGCUUGUGACAGUAAUAGUUGGAAGAAAGUCAGACAGUGAUGUUUGUCAGUUAGGUACUAUUGCAAAAGGUGCAGAUGAGCCAUUGAUGAUUUCAUUUCCUGCCCCAACACCAGAGAAGCCCUUGAUUCCUGGCAAGCCAUCUUGGGCUAACUAUGUCAAGGGUGUCAUUGCUAACUUUCCAGGAGAAAUCCCUACUUUUGAUGCCAUGAUUGCAACCUCAGUUCCUUUGGGAGGAGGAUUGUCUAGUUCUGCAUCUCUUGAAGUUGCCACUUAUACUUUUCUUGAAAAACUAACUGGGAAUGAGCAAAAAGACUUGAAGGCAAAGGCUUUGGCAUGUCAAAAAGCUGAGCAUGACUUUGCUAAGAUGCCAUGUGGGAUAAUGGAUCAGUUUAUCUCUGUUAUGGGAAAGAAAGGCAAUGCUCUUCUGCUUGAUUGUAGGUAAGAUAUUUGAUUCAAAGGAAUAUAUGACAUAGCUCUAGGGGUAUAGCUGGUGGGAGGGGGGAGGGUCAGGGUGCCAUUCACCCCAAACCCCCAUGAGAUAAAUUUUGGAAGGAUAUUUUGGCUUAUAAGGACCAAGACUAGAAUGGAGUACUUAAAGUUACAUAGAAUGUGAUUCAUUUCUGCAGCUACUUUCUAGGCCAUUACUUCUCCAUGGCAUACUUACUUGCUUAUAAUAAUCAGUGCUGUUACUUAUUGAUAUUAUUAUUAAAUUACUCAAACCAGCAUAGAUUGUCCAAGCAGCAGUGCUUGCAGAGUUUUUGUCAGUUGUGUGAUAAACUCAUGGCUUUGCCAUGGUAAUGAUCACGAGAAUGAAAGUUGAACGUUUUCCUUCAGAUCUAUGGAAGCCAAACUUGUGCCAAUGACAAACCCUGAUUUAGUUGUCCUAGUAACUAACUCCAAUGUGCGGCAUGAGCUAACAGGAAGUGAGUACCCAACAAGAAGGAAACAAUGUGAAACAGCAGCAGCAGCAUUAGGAAAACCAAGUCUUAGAGAAGCUACCAUGGCUGAACUGGAAGGUAACUGGUACAGAAAAGUAUUUUUUAAUUUUCUUUUUCUCUUUGGCAUGCUCUUAGUAGUCUUUGAAACUGAAGAGGAGGUGACUACUUACAUAGGAAGAGCAUAUGCUAGACAACUAUAAAAAAUAUUUACAGGUCACAAAAUCUUUUUGCACUUUCUUCAAUUCAGAGCAAGAAACUUACCAUUUAUCAAAAAAUACAACUUGUUUUCUUCUUUCCCUUUAAUUUAAGUUAACGUCCGUAAUUAGAAUUAAACAGAGUAACACAAGAGAGGAAUGGAUGGCUUUUCCUGCUUCACCUGACAAAAACUUGUUCAAUCCUAGAGCCAGAUUAGUCAUAUAUUGGGAGGAAAUAGGAAUGACUUGUUUGACAUGAACUAAAACAAAAUGUUAUUCUAAUUUAUAGCCAGCAAAGGAAAGCUAGAAGAUGUUGUGUUCUGCAGAGCAAGGCAUGUGAUUGGAGAAAUUCAAAGAACUACUGAAGCUGCGGCAGCCAUUGAAAAGGAGGAAUAUAAGAAGUUUGGAAAACUGAUGGUGGAAAGUCACAACUCAUUACGGUAUUAUAUACAAACUGUGUUAGAUUUGACUAAAUACAUCUUAAUUUAAAAAUUUAUGUAUUUAUUGUGUGGUUGGCUUGGCAAGAAGCACAGUGAAGCAGAUCCUGUUCUUUUACCGGUUAUAUGCGUUCAGAAGGUGAUCUGCUCUUGGUUGCAUGCCUUGUUCUUGCGAGGGCAAUAUUCUUUACUGUGAUAUUAUGCAUAUUACAAAAAUCCCUUUUUGUUUAAACUUGUCUCAUCAUUAUGGUGUGAUAAUGGAUUCCAAAGGAGAUAGCCUUAAAAUGGUCCACAAAACCACACAUAACCAAAAACAUCUGGCUUACAUCCAGCCAUCUUGAAAGACUGAACUUGGUAAACUUAGCAAAUUUUAGUGGAAUGACUGUGCUCAUUUUUUUUUUUUAAUCUCCAUAUUUUUCCAUGUGUUCAGUUAAAUUAUUUGAUACCAUGUCAGAAAUAUUAACAAUUGAUGUUUCUUGUGUGUUUUGAUUGUAGAGAUGAUUAUGAAGUUAGCUGUGAAGAGCUUGACCUACUGGUUAAACUUGCUAUGGAGGUAGAUGGGGUGUACGGUUCCCGUAUGACAGGUGGCGGUUUUGGUGGGUGUACUGUUACUCUGGUGAAGAAGUCCUCAGUUGAUAGUCUCAUAAAACACAUUCAGGUUAGUUUUACUACACUACUAAUGGCUCUAAAGUUUGCUUGGAAUGCAAGUGUAUUUUUGGGGAGUGGAUGCUAAGUUCUCCUUAGUCUAAAGUUUGACUGUGGUCUUGACUUUUUGAAGCAAAUGAAAGUUCAUGUAAAUCACCUUUUUUGACUGGGGACUAAUAGAUCAUCUGCAUUUUAUUUCAUUUAUUUGUUUUUGUUUUUGUUUUUUUGUUAGAAACACAUCAUGACAUAGCAAAAUGGCCAUUUUUAAAAAUGAAUGUUUUAGUCUUGCAAUUACUUUGCUUGAGGCAAUGAUGUGAUUUAUGAUAAUCUGUUGAAUAAUAUUUUACAUAAAAACAUGUCAAUAACCAUGCAAAAAUAGGAUAAAUCUUUCAUUAUUCCAUUGCAAAUGUUGCAAUCUGAUUGGCUAAGCUAAUUGCUCUCGAUUUGAUUAUGGAUAGAGUGUAAAAUGAGUACACUGUUAACAAAUAGAUAAAAAACAUUAGCUUGACUUGUUUGGUUUUGAAAAACUAGCAGAUAUAUGCAUAUGCCUGCACCAAACCAAAAACUAGAAGAUAAAAGCAUGCACCUGCACCAAUCUUUGUUUGAUUUCAUGAACCUUUUCACUUCCAAGAUCUCAAUUGUAAUUCUCCUUAAUGCCUGUCAUAUGGCUACUAUGAUGUUAUGUUGGAGAAUUUGGUUUUGGAUCAACUGAUAAUCUCCUAUUUGUUAUCUUUCUUAAUUCUCAUCACAUGUCUGCUUGACACUGUAUUGAUAUUGUAGGGAGAAAUUCUGUGGUGGUCACUCUUGACAGUCAAAGAGUUAAUAAUUCAGGGCGUGAAAUUAACUUUUUUUUCUGAUAGCCAUUUGGCUCCUAAAUUCUUCAAAGUGGUAGCCAAUUCAAAAAAAGUUAGUUGCCAUUUUCAAAGACAAACAAAAAAGCAUUCUUAGACCCUCCAAAAUUUCUUUAACGUGCUGUCAGUGGACACUAGGAUGGAUACCCGUUCAAAAAUUCAAGAUGGCGUCUAGUUAUCGAACGAGGUGCAUGUGCUACGUUUUGGAAACAAACUUAACGAGGAAGUUUGCCGCGGAUUUAUCUUUGCAAAUCUUUUUAAUUCACUAUAUCUCUAGGUAAGGUUAUGAUGAAACGUUCUAGUCGCCAAUUUGGCGACUAACUUUCAGGAUUUGGUCGCCAAAGCGAAAAAAUUUAUGCGCAUUGGCGCCUGUAUUAGGCGCAAUUUCACGCCCUGAAUAUACAUAUUUUUUUCACCAGGAUGGCUAUGGAAACAAGGCUACAUGUUUAGUGACCAGCCCAGCUGAUGGAGCUAAAGCUCUAAGUCUUUAAUAUUU